AUGUGGCUGAACGGCGUGCAGGCGCCGCCGUACCUGGACGGCUCUCUGCCGGGGGACUUCGGCUACGACCCUCUCGGGCUGGGCUCGGAGCCGGACAGGCUGGCGUGGUACAUCGAGGCAGAGAAACUGAACGGACGAUGGGCCAUGAACGGCGUGCUGGGUGUUGUGGCCACGGAGGCCCUGGGCAUCGACAAAGAGUGGUAUACCAUCGACAGCGGCAAGGACUUUGGCCUUCCUUUCCUGUUCCUGGUGUCGUUCCAGGCCGUCUUCAUGGGCUUCUUUGAGAUGAAGCGCUACAGGGGUUGGGUCGAGACGGGCGAGUCUGGUGUUCUGGACACCUUCCCUUGGGACCCCUUGAAUCAGAACAAGGACCAAAUGGCCCUGAAGGAAGUGAAGAACGGCCGGCUUGCGAUGGUUGCGUGGGUGGGCUUCGUGGCCCAAGCUGUGGUCGUGAGGAAAGGCCCGCUCGCCUGCCUGACAGACCACCUUCAGGACCCCUUCAACAGCAACAUUUUGACCAACAUCUUGAAGCUGCCAGAGACCAUCGGGACCUCAGCGCCGGUGGUGCAGGCCGUGACAGAGGCCGCAGCCGAUGCCGCUAUGUAA